GGUACGCUGUCAUGCUUGGAGUCACACGCUCUAGGGGCCACAGGCAGUAUAUCCGGCAUCGAGGGCAGAAGCGCGAGGUAUCGAACCGCAGCAACGGCUCGGCGGCGUCUGUGAGGUUGUUGGUGCUGUGUGCGGCCCUGACAUCAGCAAUAGGUGGCGGUGGGCAAGGGCGAGUCACGGCAAUCAGCAGCGGUCACAGACCGGGCUUUCUGGGCCUGGGCUUUGGGAGGGAGAAGGCCCCAGCUGUUCCUGAGCCGCUGUCCCUGGGAGACAGAGUUCGGAAGCUCGGGGAGCGCUUUCGGACGGGAGGUGAUACCGGGUUGGCAACAGGUAACGGUGGUGGUAGCGCUAGCGGGGGAGCGAAAGCUGGAGCUAAAGCGAUGGCAGCCGCUCAAGUUCGAAGCCAGGGCCAACAGACGCCGACAGGCAGAUCCAAUGGGAAGAAUAGCUUCAUUGCGGGAGGCCUAGCGGGCUCUAUUUCCAUGACGAUCACCUGCCCGAUAGAGGUGGUGAAGACUCAGCUCCAAGGGUCGGCAGUGAAGCACGGCAGCAACGCGUUCUCGAUUGCCAGCUCCAUCUUCAAGAGCGAUGGGCCGCGAGGCUUUUUCCGCGGUCUGCCACCCGGGCUGGCAGGGAUCAUCCCCGCGCGCUCGACCUACUUCUUCGCGUACUCCAGAAGCAAGGAUUUCUGGACGAACAACGCUCGUCUGGGAGACCGGCAUCGGGACCUCACGGAGGUUCUUUGCGGGGUUACGGCGGGCGUGGUGCAGAAUACCAUCACGAACCCGAUCUGGAUGGUCAAGACCCGAAUGCAGCUCUUGGCGGACACGGCCACUGGCCAGAUAGCCUACGGGGGUUACAAGGAGGCGAUUGGGGCUAUCUACAGGGACGAGGGGGCGAGGGGUUUCUACAAGGGCAUGUCGGCGUCCUACUGGGGGUGCAGCGAGGGGUGCCUGUACUUCGUGCUGUACGAGCGAAUUAAGAGACGCUUGCGCCGGCACCAGAACGAGGGGCGAGCGGAGAAGGGCCUUCCGCCGACGGACUCGCUGCCUCCGGCCUACCUGUUCGCGUCCUCGGCGUUCUCCAAGAUGUGCGCCACGAUCGCCACCUACCCGCACGAGGUCAUGCGCACCAGGCUACGGGAGCAGGCACGGAAUGGAGUGUACAAGUACACGGGAAUGUGGCAAUCUUUGGUCCUCGUAGCGAAGGAGGAGGGGAGGAGAGGCCUUUACGCGGGCAUGGGAACGCACGUCGCCAGAGUGGUGCCGAACAUGGCCAUCAUGAUGUUGUCGUAUGAGUUGAUCUCGGACUGGUUGCGACGGCGAGACGAGAAGAACGCGCAGGGCUUCAACAACCUCCUCAAGAGCCCGGCGGCAUGA